AUGGGGGAAGCUGACAUUGCAGACUUCACUUUGGAUGAGAAUAUCAUCAUUGACACAGACAAAGGUCUUGCCCGGCAAGACCUAAGCAAGCUGGAUGUGAGCAAGCUCGGUGUGGACACAUUGGAAGUGAUGUCGAGACAGGCGACGGUUAAUGUCGGCACCAUCGGGCAUGUUGCGCACGGUAAGUCGACCGUCGUCAAGGCUCUCAGUGGCGUUAGAACGCAAAAGUAUCAUCGAGAGGCGGUCAUGAACAUCACGAUUCAUCUGGGCUAUGCCAACGCCAAGGUCUUCCAAUGCGAGACGUGCCCCCGACCUACAUGUUUCCAGACCUACCCGUCCUCGCAACCGGACGAUACCCCAUGCCCGCAGUGCGGCAAGUCCAUGGUCCUUAAGCGGCACUUUUCCUUCGUCGACUGCCCUGGACACGACGUCCUCAUGGCAACGAUGCUCAAUGGCGCCGCCAUCAUGGAUGCCGCGCUGCUGCUUAUUGCUGCUAACGAGAGCUUUCCACAGCCGCAGACGCUGGAGCAUCUUAAGGCUGUAGAGAUUAUGAAACUACGCCAUUUGAUAGUCUUACAGAAUAAAAUCGACCUUGUGGGUGAGGUGCACGCUCAUGACCAAUACCGGCAGAUUCGGUCCUACUUGGAUAACAUAGCGCUCAAUGCCCCGAUUGUGCCGAUCUCCGCCCAGCUCAAACGCAAUGUCAAUUUUCUAUUGGAAUACCUCGUGCAUGUGCCUCUGCCAACUCGUCAAUUGCGCUGUCCCGCACGCAUGACGAUUGUUCGUUCAUUCGACAUCAACAAGCCAGGAGAGGGCGAUAUCGAAAAUCUGAAAGGGGGAGUAGCAGGCGGCACCGUUACACAGGGUGUCAUUCGACUGGGGCAAGUGCUGGAAAUCCGCCCUGGGCUGAUCAAGUCGCGCAGCUACACAGAGCAGGGUCGGUUCAGCUACAACCCUCUUCGGACUCGUACGGUCUCGCUGAAGGCAGAGAACAAUGUACUUCAGUAUGCUAUCCCCGGUGGGCUCAUCGCUGUUGGCACCACACUAGACCCCACGCUGACACGACAAGAUAAGAUGGUAGGACAUAUGAUUGGUGAGGAAAAUUCACUGCCAGAUGUGUAUGCAGAAUUAGAAGUGCAGUUUUACCUUUUCAACGAAAUGGUUGGCACAAAGGCAUCCAAGGAUGGCAAGACCUCUAUCAAGCGCGUUCAAAAGCUUAAUCUUCAAGAAUCGCUUCAGAUUAACGUUGGUACCCUCACGGCUGGUGCCACGGUGCUUAACAUUACGGUGAACCCAGAUAUCGCCAAGCUCGAAUUGGUGACCCCUGUGUGUUGUUCACUCGGGGAGCAGGUAGCUAUAUCACGUAUGGUAGAUAAUAACUUCCGUUUGAUUGGCUGGGGAACCAUUCGUCGAGGAGUUCCGAUGAAACAAGGGGCCUAA